AUGGCCACUAAGAAAAUUGUGGAAUCUUGGAAUCUGGCGAGGAACAGUAUUCGCAGUCUUUUUCGAGGUACUUUUGAUGGUCUCCAUCGUAUGAAAACGCUAAACCUUUCAGGAAAUCCACUCACGGUUGUCGAGGCGGGAGCAUUCGGGAAUCUUACCCUUCUUCAAGAAUUGGAUCUUCGUGGGACCACCAUCACCGUUACAACAGACACGGGACGUGAUAUGUUCCAUGGAUUGGAGAACCUACAGAAAAUACAUGCUGACCGCUACGUCUUCUGUUGUCUCGCUGGAUUGGUGGAUUCGGUCGGAUGCAAUGCACCACGUGAUCAAUUCUCAUCAUGCGAAGAACUCAUGGCCAGUGGAGUUCUACGGAUUUUCAUCUGGAUUUUAGGAGGCAGUGCUUUCAUCGGAAACGGGUUCGUCUUCGCAUACAGGGUAUUCAAACAAAAGAAAGACAGAAAAACCAUUGUUCAGUCCAGUUUCAUCACGAAUUUGGCCGUUUCUGAUUUUAUGAUGGGUCUGUACAUGAUCACGAUUGCAUCUGCUGAUAUCUACUACAGAGGAAACUAUGCCUUGCAUGCUGAUGAAUGACAGUCUAGCGCCCUCUGCAAGGUGGCGGGGAUGCUUUCGGUCAUAUCAAGUGAGGCUUCUGUCAUGUUUAUCAUGAUGAUCAGUGUUGACCGGUGUAUUCACAUCCUUCUCCCCUUCAAACAAGGACUCCAUCUCUCUCCCACGGCUGCUCGAUGUUCUCAGCUAAUCAUCUGGUGCAUCGGGACUCUGGUUAGCGUCCUACCUGUGGUAAUCCCAGCGUACAGCAAAGGUAACUUCUACGGACAGUCCGGGGUCUGUUUGGCCCUGCCUCUGACGGUUGAUCGUCCUGCAGGAUGGCAUUACUCAAUCUCCUUGUUCAUUGGAGCCAAUUUUGUAGCCUUCCUUGUGACUCUGCUCUGUUACAUGGCCAUGUACAUCCGCUAUCAACAUUCCAAACAGAUGCUUGCUCAGACAGGUAAAGGUUCCAGAGAUGACAAAAGACUGACUGAAGAUAUCAAGUUGGCAUGGAAGAUGUCACUGAUUGUCGGAACGGAUCUAAUUUGCUGGUUCCCGAUCAUCGUCAUGGGUCUCUUGUCAGCGGCAGGGAAACUUACUAUAUCGGCUCAGGUGUAUGCCUGGACUGCUGUUUUCGUCCUCCCUGUCAACUCGUCUCUCAACCCUUACCUCUAUACACUCUCUAGUUUGCAUGGGAAGAAACAGAAGGUCAAGAAAUCUGCCGAGUCAGCUACAGAAGAAAAUAAAA